GCCCCGUGUGUUGUUGUUGUUUAAACGGGACUCUUUUUCUCUCAUCCGUGUGUUGCGCGUUUUCACCGCGUUGUGUUUAUUAGUUUGUGCGCGCACGAUAAAACACUUUUUCGGUAAAUUUUCGGAUUUCUUCAACAAAAAAAUUAUUUAUUUCCAAAAAAAAUUGAAGAUAAAACAAUUGAACGUCGAAACAAAAGUGUGUCAAAGUUAACUUAUCUCUCGGAACGUAAUUAUUAUAAGUUUAAUUAUUAAAUUACUGUGUAAUAGUGUUUUUAAGGAAGAUAUUUGGGAUAUUACCUUAAAAAAAAAUUUUUACAGUAUUGUUACUUAGUUGUUAAAAAAAAGUGAAAAAAAAGACGAAUUUAUUUUGUGAUUAUUGAUAAAAAAUUUUUAUUGAUGAGGUGUUUGAUUACGAUCGUAAUAUGUGCGUUAGUAGUGUUGUUUUUGUAACCGAAAAGGAAUUAAUAAAAACCGAAACGGUUGAAAACGAAGAGGAAGAAGAAGAAGGAGACGAUCUAAGCGGGAUCAUUUUUAGAUCCUGUUGGAUUAUUAGUCAUGGUAGGAGGCGGUUACAAUGCGCGAUACAACCCCAUGAUAAAAGGGACGUUGUCUAGUGUGGAUAGGGACAGGCUCCGUGAGCGUCAACGUCAAGCAAGGGCUCAAAUGUCCUCGCAGGUUGCCGAACAGGAUGGUGGACCAGGUGGACAGCCCCUUUUCGGAGCUCCAGUCCGGGUAAAUCCAUCCUCAAGCGAUCCAUUAACACAAAAAAUAAUCAGCAAAUUUGGCGAAUACCAACGAGUGGUACCAUAUGUGGAAAGUACCUUAUUAAAAGGAGGUGGGGCGUUGCUCACGGGUAUUCUAUCGACCCCUAUGAUAGAAAAUUCACAAAAAAGCCCCGUCGGAACCACAAACUCGGUUUCCUCAUCUUCGCCAUCUUCAUCUUCAAGACCUAAUCAACAGCAACAACAACACCAAAGUUCCUCAUCCUCUUCCACGUCCUCUUCAAAUCCGCCGGUUUCAUCGCGACUCCAACCUCCACCUGAAUUCAAGAAGCCGCAGCAACAAAGCAAUAGCCGACCACCUCCUCCAAGUCAUCAUCAACAAACGCACCAACGAGGUGGGGUUUUUAUUAAACCUUCGGAUGGAAAACCACCAUAUGAAGGACGGGGUGGAUACCCUGGACAACCUGGAAAACAUGGGAAUGGAAACCAUCGGUCUAACGGGAUACAUCCACCGAAAGGACCUCCCAAUGGGGGGAAUGGGAGUUCUACGUCACCGAUGCCUUCCAAUCGCCUGCACAAUGUAGCACGUACUUUACCGAGGAUACCUCUCGAUCAGCACCAUUUGUCGAGUAGUAGAGAUGAAAGAUCGUCAAAUCCACGUGGUUCCGAAGAAGUUCAAAGUAUAUUUAAGGAAAUGAUCGACAAUCGGCCGCCAGUAACCGCAAUAGCAGCAACGCCACGUAAUAACGACCAAGAAAAAUUUCUUUUCCAUCACACUAAGCCUCAGGAAAUAUCAGUUCCAACAUCAUCGUCUUCAACAUCAAAUCAAAAACGUUUGGAUAGGCCACAAACAGCUCGUGAAUCGGCGGGUUUGCAGAGCGACCUCGAGAUAUCGGAUAGCGAUGAUGAGCAGAAGAGGAGGGGUAUUCUUCAUCCGCACAAACCUAUUAUAAGAAUGUUAUCACCAAUUGCACAAACACCAGCUCCUCAUUCUUCAUCCAGUAUGCACCAAGACAUACCUGAUCCACAAGAAGUUCGUUCUCCUCAAGGAACAUCAAGUGGUUCGGAUUCAUCGGGUUCGGAUAGCGAUUCGAGUAGUGAUGAUUCUUUGGAUGAAGUGGCGCCGUCCCUAAAACACUCGCCUCCUCCACCUGAACCAAAAGUUGAAGAGGAAAAGGAGGGUCGGUACACGUGGAAUUUAAGCUCUUAUUUACCACAACCAAACAACCCUCAACUCGGCCGAAGAACGGGGCAAAGUCCAAAUCAACCGAGUCCAAAUAAUGCUGAAUCGGAUGAUGAAGAAAUGGUUAAAAAUUUAGAUAUAAAAGAGGUGAUAAAUGAAGUGAGGACGGUACCGUUAUUGGCUAAUUUAUCCGAUACGGAUGAAAGUGAUAAAUUAAGUAAUAAUAAUAAUGUUAAUAGUGGGAAUGUUAAAAAGAAAAGUGGUUUGGUGGUGUUAAGUGAUAAUAGUGACAGUGAAAAUGAUACGGGGAGGACACCGAAGGUAAAACCGUCGAAUCGAGCGACGGUUAGGGCUAAAUUGAUCGAUAGUGAUUCCUCAGAAAAAGAGGAAGUGAUUGAUAAAGAAGCUGAAGUACGGACUAGUACUGUUCAGUUACCGAAAAAUAAUAACGCGGUUGAAUCUUCACCAAGCAAAAAACAACGAGGUAGACCGAAAAAGAACGUAGAUAACAAUGUUGUGGGUAGUAAACCGAAAAGAGGGCGACCCCCUAAAACACCUGCUGAUUUAAGCGGAUCUGAAAAGAAGAGAGGAAGACCACCAUCAAAACCAAAACCACCUCUAUCUCCAUACAGUUCCGACGACGAUGAUAACAGCAAUAAACCACCAAAUCAAGUGUUUGGAAAACCUCAUCCUGGGAGAAGAAGAAGGAAAGAUUCUAGAGGUAUAUCAAACAGUUCAUCGGAUGAAAGUUAUUAUCACAAUAAAAAAGAAUCCUCAAGAAAAACGCAAAAAUCCUCAAAUUAUUCCGAUAGCGAUGAAGAGGUUGAAAAUCGUAAUCGGGCGCCUUUAAAAGAAAAUCAAUCGUUACGAAAUCAAAAACAUAUAGAAUCUCAAAAGAAGAAACGUUCGGUACCGAAAAAACCACCGAAAAGUGAUGCGAUUGUAAAAACAUCGGAUUCGGAUAGCGAUUCGGAUGUAACCAAUAAAUCGUUACCGAAAAAAUUACCACCUCAGCGAAGUAACCGUACGAUAAGUUCGAGUAGUGAUAGCGAUGACUCAAGAAGAAGUGAUUCUUCAGAUCGUGAACGAAAAAAUAUUAAAUUAGACAUCGAUUCAAACACAGUUCAAGAUAAAAAGAAAAGUGAUACGAUAAGAAAACUCUUUCAACCGCCGAAAGGUGGUGGAAAAGGUGGCGGGAAAGGUGGUAAAGGUGGAAAAGGCGGUAAAGGAGGUGUUGAGGUGAUAAUCAAAGAUGAAACGUACCAAAGGAGCAGUUCGUCGGUUGAAGACGAAAUUGUCCCAAUUAGGACCAAUAAUAAUAAUAACAAUUCUACAGAAACUAAAACGACCACAAAGACUGAGUUACCAGAAAAAUCAAAAACAUUAAUUAAACGAUUACCCGUACGCAUCGAAUUGAGCCGUUUAAGCAACUUAACCAAACAAUUAAUUAAUAAGAAAAAAUCUGAAGAAUUAAGAAAAUGGUCUUCGUUAUCAAACACCAGGCAACAGCAGCCGCAACAACAACAACAUCAACAACAAAAUCAAUCCAACCAAAAUAAUAACUCCAAUAAUAAUAGCAACAACACCACCUUUGAGUUACCGAACGAUAAUAAUUCUAAUAAUUCAAGACAAUCGAGUACCUUAAUUCAAAGUGAUUGUGAUCGACGGACUAAAAAUUUAAAUGAAAAUACAAAUGAUAAAUUUAAAAAAAUCCCAUUGGCGACGAAACCUCCCGUUUAUAAUAAUAAAAUCAACGAGAAUAGUGAUGUUGAAUCGACGAAAAAGUCGUCGUCGUGGAAGAUGGAUUUGCUAGAACCGAUGGACCAAAAAAUCAAAAAACGUAAACGGCACAAUAGCAGUAGCUCAUCGCUAUCGACGACGAGCAAUUUAUCGCACAAUAGUAGUGGGAGACGAAGAGAUAAAGUCGAUCAUAAAAGUAAACGAAGAAAAGAGGAAUGUAUUAGUAGAUCUCAGGAUACAUAUCAUCAAAUCGGCAACGCUCCUUCGUCAAACCACGAAAUGGAAGAGUACAAAAUGAAUAUUCACGAUUUGGGUGGUGAUAGUCAUGAGGAAAGGAAUUGGCCACAUCGAUCUAGGGGGGAAUAUAAUCCUUAUUUUGAACCGCCAGACGAGGAAGAUUCAGAUAGGGAUAAAGAUCGAUUUUUAAAUGAAGCUAAAAGAUUGAAACAUCUCGCUGAUAGUGAAGCGGAUGCUAUACAACAAUGUAUGUUGUAUUUAGAAGCAAUACUUUACUUUAUUCUAACCGGAAACGCCAUGGAACAAGAAGCCCAAUCGGACACCGCUGCCUUUACAAUGUACAAAGAUACCCUUAAUUUAAUUAAGUAUAUAUCAUCAAAAUUUAAGAACCAACAAAAUCCGUCGUUGACUGGGACCAAAUUAGUUGCUUUAAGUUUACGGUGCCAAGCACUGUUAUACUACAAACUAUACAAAAUACGUGCUCAGGACGUAAAAGAAACUGAACGUCAAAUAUGGGAAUUCCUGCAGAAGGUAAAACGCGACUCUAACCCUUUCUACACGAUCUCAAUGUCGAAUACUGUGUGCCACCAGAACUCCGGGGCAUUGGUGCACGCAGAUGCGGCUUCCGUUGCUGUUCCUUCAUCGACUGGCGGCGGUGGCCACGGUGGCGGUCAAGGGACGCCUUCACCUCUUUCACCGACGCCGUCACCGGCGAGCAGCAUAGGAAGUGUCGGGGGUAGCAGUCAAUCCUCCGGAUAUAGCAGCGGGGAAUUAGCGGGACCGCCGCGGCAUCAUCACCAUCCUGUGGUCGCUCCUGUACCACCUCAACAAGGAGGUGUUGGUCCACAACAACCCACUGUGGGACCACCACAACCAGCCCCAACGCCUUGUGUGCUAGUUCCUUUACCUAUUUAUACGUUGAUUCAAAAACAAACGCAGAAUAUUUCGUAUUUUAUUAAUUAUCAAGAUUUAUGGGAACAGGCUGAAGAACUUACUAAAAAACAUCAUUUAGAUAUUUUUCAUCAUUUGGAUCGGACAUAUAAGCCUUUAUCGCUACAUAGUUCUUUAUCGGAUUUGGUGGCGUAUAUGCAAGCUGGGAUUAAAUUUGUUAGAGAAGAGAAUCGAAAUAGUACGAAUUAUAGUCGAUAAAUAAUUUUUUUUUUAAAUCACCAAGAUAAAAGUACGCAAAUGAAAAGUAACUGACCAAAGAAGCACCAAGUCAAUUCCUACGGUCAAUAAUGACUCGCUAAAGAAAACAAAAUUAAUUAAACGGAAUAAAACAAAAGUAAUUGAACCGCGCAAAAUAAUAAUAACGAAUAAAACACUACGAAUAAAUUAAUAAAAUAAUAUCAAAUGCACCGAAGAUGAUGGUAAAGUAAAAAUUCAUGGUAAAAAAAAACUUGGGACUAGAAUCUUUUUUUUAUAAUUAUACAUAAUAUAGUAGAAGUUUAAAAAGAAAAUGUAAUUAAAGGUGCAUAUUUUUUAUGGUAAGAAAAUAUAGAUAAAAUUCCACACGUAUUUUUGUAAAUAAAUUCCGCCGCCUAUAUUUGUAAUAAUGAAAGUUAAAUAAAUAAAUAAA